UGCAAUUUGAAUUCAAGCGCUGCCCGCCUUCCUCCGCGGAGCACUGGUUUCUGCGCUCAUUCACAGAUACACGCACGGAGAUCGUGCCCAUGAGAGAGCUCAAAUCCUGAAGUUGCAGAUCGCAGAAAUCGAACCAAUUCUUCAAACCUCUCUUCCUGAACUACUCCCAAACCCUACUUUCUACCUCGAUGGCUUCCCCAGUCGUCUUGCCCGUUGACGACAAGGACCUCGACGACGCCGCUUUGUGGGCCGUCAUUGACUCCGCCGUCGCCUCUGCAUCCGCCUCCAAGUCGCGCAAACUCCUCUCCCUCAAAUGCCCCAAUCUCCAAACCCCUUCCCCCGUCUCAAACGCAUCCCCGCCUCUCCCCAAGUUCCCCAAGAACCCUAGACACCAAUGCUCAUCGGAAAAUGGCCAUCGGGCUUCGGUUUCCGACGGCGAGGUCUUGCAGGAACACUGGACGGAUCGCCGGCCGCAGAAAAUUGCGAGAUCUUGCAUUUCGGAAAUCAGUGAGAGCGGUCCUCUGGUCGUGGUUAAACAUGUGCAGCGGACGCCAACGAAGCCCGUUUAUUCGUCGCCGAUGUAUUUGUCGCCAGAACCCGGGAGGUUUUCUGUCUCGGAGGGCUCGCCGCGAAGUUGCAGGGAGAGUGAGGAGAGAGAAAAUAGGCACAGUUUGUCAGGCCGGUUUCCUUCGGUGUCUCUGUUCAAGGAGUAUCAGAAUGCAGCUAUGGCGAUCCUGGAGAAAUCUGAUUACACUCUGAUUUCUGGGAGUCCAUAUAUUAAAAAGUCAGGUUGGAGGAAGAUAUCAUUUUACUUCAAUCUCUCUUAUGAAAUCAAAGAUAAGACCAUUGAAUUUGAUGAUAAUCGUAAUGUUCAGCGUGCUGAAUUUGUGGUUCGGGCAUAUAUGCAGGGUGGCAGAUUCUCAGAUGGAUGGGGCUCAUGUGAACGACGUGAGAAGAGAUUUAUAAAACCAAAUCAUGAUAUUCCCAGCACAGCAGAAACCAGGGCCAAAAAUAAAGCAUGCCAGGACCUCUUAGGGAUUGGAGAGUAUCGCUCCUGUGCAAGCCAUGCACCACGAUAAGUGUAGUCAUUCCUUAUACCCAAUCAACAAGUCAUCCCCUUGCGUCUCUAUGAACAAGUGGAAGGAAUUUGAAAAAGAGGUGUUUGUAUCGUGUGUGUGUGAUGCCAGCACAAGAGGUUCGUGAUUUAACAUUGUCUUGGAUUAACCUGUGAAAGGCAGCGGCAAGAGUUAAUAUGUUCAAUGUCAGAGCUGGCUGAGGGACCCGCUGCCCUCCACAUUGAUCAUGUUAUUUGACGCCAUCCUCUGCUUCCUCCCCCCAACUUGAGAGAGAGAGAGAGAGAGAGAGGAAAUACUUAUAUUAGGCUGUGUUUCAGUAUUGUAUCAGAAGUAGAAAAUGUAUGUACAAUUUGCUGUUUUUUUUUAUUAUCUAACUUCUUGUGCGGGGGCAAAUGGGCAUUGAAGAUUUUGGAUAGCCCUCAACUUUCAACUAUCAAGACAAGUUUUUUGGUGUUGUAGGGUCUAAUAAAGUCUGGGCCUAAUUGUCCACUUGACAACUUUUAGGUAAGUCGAUCAUCCAUUUGGCUACUCUUGAGGAGACAAUUUUCAUGCUCACUAUUUUUGUUGAUUUAAAAUCAAUGCUUAUUA